AUGUCUAUCCCUAAAAAUAGAUUAUUAAAGUUAGCAGAAACUUCAGCAAGAAUAUUCGACCAAAACUUCAACCAGACCAAUGUUAGAACUGGUGCCAAAAUUUUGUCCAAAAGAUUAAAAGGUCCAUCCAUUGCAGAAUAUUAUGGCAAUCCAGAUUUCAUCAAAUUUAAACAUUUAAAAAUAUUAUACCCUGACUUUAAUUUCGUUGAUAAGAAUGAAGAAUAUAGAUUAUCCAUGAAUCAGGCCAAAAGACGUAGAGGUAAAGGUGCUCCACCAAAGAAGAAGGAAGUUAAUGGUGGGAAGAAUAAGACGAAAAAGAGAAAGUAG